GGUAGGGUGCGGAGUUUAAGUACGUCUCUUUGGUCACUAACGCACUUGACUGCUCUCCACCUCAAUGACAACUACCUGACUCGCAUUCCACCUGAUAUUGCCAAGCUUCAUAAUCUGGUUUACUUGGAUCUCUCAUCCAACAAACUCAGAAGUUUACCAGCAGAACUAGGAAACAUGGUAUCUCUCAGGGAAUUGCUUUUAAACAACAAUUUGUUACGAGUUUUGCCUUACGAACUUGGACGGCUCUUCCAGCUACAAACACUAGGUUUGAAAGGCAAUCCUUUAUCGCAAGAUAUUAUCAGCCUGUACCAGGACCCAGAUGGGACACGGAAGUUACUGAACUACAUGCUUGACAAUCUAGCAGUUCAUCCAGAGCAGCUGCCUCCAAGGCCAUGGAUUACGUUAAAAGAACGAGACCAAAUUCUGCCCUCCGCUUCGUUUACCGUCAUGUGUUACAAUGUGUUGUGUGAUAAAUAUGCCACCCGACAGCUCUAUGGCUACUGCCCAUCCUGGGCAUUAAAUUGGGAAUACAGGAAAAAGGGAAUCAUGGAAGAAAUCGUGAACUGGGAUGCUGAUAUCAUUAGUCUUCAGGAAGUAGAAACUGAGCAAUACUUCACCCUCUUUCUGCCAGCGUUAAAAGAGCGUGGAUAUGACGGAUUUUUUUCUCCAAAGUCACGUGCCAAAAUCAUGUCUGAGCAGGAGCGAAAGCAUGUGGAUGGUUGUGCAAUAUUCUUCAAAACAGAAAAGUUCACAGUGGUGCAGAAGCACACGGUAGAAUUCAACCAAGUGGCCAUGGCGAACUCUGAAGGGUCAGAAGCAAUGCUGAAUAGAGUGAUGACGAAGGACAACAUUGGAGUUGCUGUCGUGUUAGAGGUGCAUAAGGAACUGUUCGGUACAGGUAUGAAGCCGCUUCACACAGUGGACAACCAGCUGCUUAUUAUAGCAAACGCCCAUAUGCAUUGGGACCCUGAAUAUUCAGAUGUAAAACUUGUCCAGACUAUGAUGUUUGUCUCUGAACUGAAAAAUAUCCUUGAGAAAGCCUCUAGUAGGCCUGGAAGCCCGAUAACAGACACAAAUUCCAUCCCUCUGGUGCUGUGUGCAGAUCUUAACUCACUGCCUGAUUCAGGUGUUGUGGAAUACUUAAGCAAUGGUAUAGUAGCCGACAACCAUAAAGAUUUCAAGGAGUUGCGGUAUAAUGAAUGUCUCAUGAACUUCAGUGGCAAUGGGAAGAACGGGGCUUCUGAAGGAAGAAUCACGCACGGCUUCCAACUCAAGAGCGCCUAUGAAAACAACUUGAUGCCUUAUACUAAUUACACCUUUGAUUUCAAAGGUGUGAUUGACUACAUUUUUUAUUCCAACACUCACAUGAAUGUGCUUGGUGUCCUGGGGCCUUUGGACCCUCAGUGGCUGGUUGAGAACAACAUCACCGGAUGCCCCCACCCUCACAUCCCUUCAGACCACUUCUCACUGUUGACACAGCUUGAGCUCCACCCUCCGUUCCUGCCUCCCAUCAACGGCAUCCACUUGCCUACCAGGAGGUAGUGGAGCCCUGCCCCUUUUGAGGGCUGGGACCCGUUUGUUUGUUUAUGGACCUGUACAAUUGUAAAUCAAAGUAUGUAGGAGUGAAGUAUGGCCAACCUUUUAAAAGCUGCUGCUUCACGCUCCUCUCAUUAUAUGUGUUGAUGAUACAGUUUUGCACAUUUUGGUGCAUAUUGGUACCAUUUGGCACUAGGGCUGGAACCAAAGUUGUUGUUCGUUCCCUUUUUCCAGGUUUUUAUUUUUUUAUGGUGUACACACACACACAUUUUAAGCUGGCAGGCUUUAUUUGUUUCAUUGGGAAGCUGCCGUUAUAAAAGGACAAAUCAGACAGCAGGAUUUGUGCAUAUAUAUAUUUACAUCCAUAACUAAUGCUUUCUUUCAGAGCCUAGCAAGAUGAGCCAUACCUCUAUUCCCCCAACCCACUCUUUCUUUUAAAGCAUCCUGAAAUAGUCUGUCCAGUUGAUGUAUUGGUCCUCUCGGGAAAAGUUUGUAAUUGGAAAUAGCACUUACUGUUAUUUACCGCAUGGACUGCUGUCAACUCUCCACUGAAAUAUUAGAUCAAUUUAGAAAGUCAAAGGUGGUGCAAGACGUAAGACUUUCUGCCAUAGCAAAAACUUAUGCUGCACUAGUGUAGAAUUUGCCUGUGAGCAUAUAAUUGCAUAUAUAGGGCCUAUACACCAGGGUCCACUUCUUUGUGUAAUCUUCAUUUCCACUGUAAGAGUUGCCGUCCUAGCCAAGUCCUAUCCAUACAAAUAGAACUCACAUGCAACAGGGUAGCUUUUUCACCUAUGGGUUUCUGAUCCAGUAAACCUUGAGCAUUAGUAGAAGGGGCAAGCCCUUCCAUAGUUAACAGUGGGAAAGCUCCCAGGUGCCCUCAUAAGACUCAUCUACUGGAUUGCAGCUGCGAUCUCUACCAGGAGAAAACACUACGGCAACAACCUCCCUUGUAAAAAUUCUGAAGAAUGCCAGCGUGUAAUGAAUUGGAUCACUUUUUUGAGAGGCCAGCAGAGUAAUACUGACAAUUCAACAGAUCACUGAGGGGAAGAGAAGCUGCAUUAAUUGGAGGAGGAUUUGAAAUUGUCAACAAUUGGGAGGCAAAUCCUGCCCUUAAAAUCAGUGGCAAGAAUUCUUGGGUUUGAUUUCCACAAAGUGCAGAUAUGUUUCAGUCCAAUCCACUGGUCCCUUUUUGUUGCUUUGUUCCUUUUACUUUGUCAUCACCUUCUCUCCUUGCCCCAUUUUCCAUGGCAAACUUUGAAAUUAUUCGGCUAAGAAGGGAAUACAAGAGGGGAGGGGGAAUGACUCUCCAAAUGAUCUUGCGUCUGAUUCCUCCAUGCAUGAGAAAUGGCUUUUCUGGGUGCACUUUUCCCACAUGAAGGUGAGAAAGUGUUGGCCAUAGUCAUUUGUCAGAUUUAUCUUUUUCCUGACCCUAGUCGCCAAAUAGCCAUCUUGUGCUUUUAAAAAUCCUUUUUUUUCCUAUCAAGUUUUUUUUUAAAGCUGCUGUUUCAUUCCCAACAGUUAACUGCUUCUUUUAAGAUGUACUUGGAAACUUUUCUUCUUUUUUUUCCCCCCAUGCUCUGUCUUGGUGGCCAUUUUUUAAAGCCUUUGUGCCUCGGGAUAGCAAGAAAUAUAUAAAUGCCAUCUCUUUAGAAAGCUGUGGCUGCAGUUUGCCCAGGGAAGGAGCUGUCGAGGAGCUUCUGUUUAUUUCGGUGCAGUUUGCACCGAAUUUCAUGCAUAGUCCAUUGAAAUAAAUGAAGGUUGCUUCACCACAGCCUUUUGGGUGGAUUGAACCCAACUUUAUAUUUCAAACAACAACAGAAGGCCAAGUUAAAUGGAAAGGUAGUGUCUGUGUGUUUUAAGUUUUUCUGUAUUCUGCUUCUUUGCUGCUAUAUAAGAUUCCUUGAGCUUAUAUUUUAAACCUUUCAUGCACUUUACCGUUUCUAGUCUCAAAAUGUGAUAUUUUUAAUAAAUGAGAAAUUUUUCCAUUAUGUGAAUGAAAUUUUUUAAAAAGCUUAUAUUUGUCUCAUUCAUACACUUAAAAAGGAAAAUAAAAAAGAGAAAAACAGCUAAAUUGGUUUUAAAUCUUAAGGCAAUGCCUACUGUAUAAAAUGUAUACUUUAACUUUUCUUUUUUCUCCCCCCCCCCCCAAAAAAAAUUGCUAGCUGUGUAUAAAAUGGCAAAGGAAAUUUUGAAUCGGGCUAAAGUAGGAAAUACUUUUUUGUUGUGAGGAUGGGGUGGAGAGGAAUGAGUUGCUUCAGUGUAAACCACAAUUUGCUUUCAAAAGUGCCUAAAACUUGAGAGGUUUUUACCCUCAUCAAUUGGAACUGAUUGUAUUUGUGUAAAGCUUCCAGAGUGGAACUACACUAUACAAAGAACAUAGGACUGCUGCCGAAAAUGGCAGCCCCAGGUUGAAGUCCCUUUCUGUAGCAUGUAGCAGAACGUUUCCCCCACGUCCUCCUGUCAUUUCAGUGUGCAUUUACCCACCCCUCACCAUCACAUCAUUGCCUUCCUCUGGCGGAGGUGGAAAAAUAUCCAACAGUAUGACAUCAGCUCAUAUGGUUAAUUGUAUUGGAUUUGGGAGUGAAUUUGACACUGAGCUGCAUUUUUUCUCCUUCAGCAGUCCCAUGUUUCUUAUAACACGUAGCUCUGUCCAAAGUGUAGGAUAGCUUACGAAGCAAAGUUAUCUCCUUUUAGAGAUAACAUUCCCCCCUCCCCAGUAUAGGUGCAGGUAUCUCUUCUCAUAUACCUCAAAAGCAUCACUUACACGGCCAUGUAUGUAUGAAUUGACAAAGCAAUUACAAUAUAGUACUGGAAAGUAGAAUAGCAUGAAAAACUUAAUUUUGUGGACAUUAGCCUUUUCAGGGUUUUUUUUGUAAGGACCCAAUCCAUGGGGAAGUUCUCCUGCUCCAGCCCCAUUGAAAUGAAGAAGAGUUGCCAAAUCCCCUGUUCAUUUCAGUGGGGCUUGCCUAGAAGACCUUCCUGCUGGAAUGCGCUCCGAGUCAUCUACUGUAUCUUCACUUGGGAGGUGUGCACUAACAGUUUUCCUCCUUCUCAUAUGUGCAUGUUAACUGGCAAUGUGAGCAAUAUUUCCCACCAUACUUCACUCCCAACUAUUUUUUGAGAUGUUUGUAUAAAAUGGAGUUUAAAAAUUCGCUUGUGAUUGUAUAUGAACUGCAGAGGAGCCAGUUUAUUAAAUAAUAAUAAUAAAAAAACAAUCUUUUGUAAUGUUGUUGGGAGGGGGGAAAUAAAAUAAAAAGAUUGGGAAACAU